AUGGCAACUGUAUAUGACAUGGAUGGUGUAACAAGUAGGGGCAGUGGUCAGUUGCAGGCCUAUUCGAUAAAAGUGCAAAAUUCUCUUGCUUUUGUCUCCCAGGAAGGAAUUACUGAUCAUCUGUCAAUUUUGGUCUUACAUAUUAAUCCUGCUGUUGAAUCCAGUGGUGGUUCUGUAGCUUGUACACCAGAAGAAGCUCGUGCAGAGGCAGAGUCCCUGCUCAAACUGGAGGAGGACGAGUUUUUAAAGUCCAUAGCAAUCAUUAUCGAAGCUAAGAUGAAAGAGAUCCAAGAUAAGAUUGAUCGUUUUGAAGAAAAGGAUUUGCAGUUGGAAAGGGAAUGGCACCAGUUACGUCAAAUGCAGCAUCAGCUUCACCUAGAUAAGCUCACUCUUUUAUUUCACAAGACUUCUGCGCCUAAAUCGGUAGAAAAUUUUCAGAUGGAAAUGUCAGAACAAAAUUUCCUACAUCUAGUUAGUUCAACCAUAAUGUGUAGCUGUGAUGUUUUAACCAGGCUUCUCUAUUUCUUGCUGCUUGCCUGCUUCUAUAAACAUGAAAAUUCCAUGAAAAUUCUGAUGAUAUGUUUUCUGUUUAUUACAAAAAAUUCAUAUCGUUUUCCUUAUUUUUUAUUUAAAAUUUAUGAAAACAGGAUGACUAUCUUACGGAUGUCAAAGUUGUCUACAUUUCCAAAAGAGAGGAGAAAAAAAAAAGUAAAGGAGAUAAUAACCGACAAGGUGAAAGACAAAGGUACGUACAUGAGUAUCGAGAUGAGUUUAAUGAAGAUCAUGGAUCUAAUGAUGAAGAUUAAGAUCUUUCCGACAAGUGGAAAGAGAUGAAUUUUGCAUUGGAG